AUGUCCGAGUCUCCUCACCCGCAUGUCGACCUUGAAGCGCAGAAGGACUUCUACCCUCGUACGGUCACGAUCGAAGACGUUCGACAUGGGAGUGGCAACGACGACUUCGUUAUCACCCGUCAGUUUCGCCGCACGCUCUCUCGAUCUGCCGUGGAAGCGGGUGCUCGGUUGCCUGCUGAGUUCCGCACGCUCAGUAUACAUGUUGAAACGAGGAGGAGCAGCGACGACGGCAAGGCAGGUGCUACACGUAGGGUCGCCGUGAGAGAGAUCGUAUCUCUCGAUUGGCAUAAGAUCUCAAGCGAUGAAGCGUUGCAACGCUUAAGCGUCUCUCCCAAGACAGGGCUGGAGAGUGUGCAGGCUCAGCGCCGCCUCCAAACGAAUGGGAAGAACGUCAUCUCCCCGCCAAAGAGGAAUACGAUUCGCAAGUUGAUCGAAUGGGUUUUCGGCGGAUUUGGUAGUCUCCUUCUCGCGGCUAGUAUCCUCUGCUUUAUCGCAUGGAAGCCCCUGGGCAAUCCUAAUCCUCAGGCAUCGAAUCUGGCACUGGCCGUCGUGCUUUUGAUUGUGUUGUUUGUUCAAGCAUUUUUCAAUGCCUGGCAGGACUUUUCUACAUCUAAAAUCAUGUCGUCCAUCAAGGGCAUGCUGCCGUCCGAUGUCCUCGUUCUGCGUGAUAGUACCCAAAUGACGUUUGCCGCCGCCGAUCUUGUUACAGGUGAUCUUGUUUACCUCUCUAUGGGUGAGAAGGUACCCGCCGAUCUGAGGCUCAUCGAAGUCAGCGGAGAUCUACGCUUCGACAGAAGCAUCCUCACUGGCGAGAGUGAACCCGUCACAGGACGUGUGGACAAGACGGACGAGAACUUCCUGGAGACCAAGAACAUCGCCUUGCAAGGCACUCAUUGUGUCAGCGGUUCUGGUCUUGGCCUCGUUAUUCAGACCGGCGAUAACACGGUUUUCGGUCGUAUUGCCAAACUGUCGUCCAUCGAACCCGCGAGACUUACGACUCUCCAACGCGAGAUUCUCCAUGUCGUCUUAAUUAUAGCCAGUCUUGCUACUCUCGUGGCUAUCAUUAUUGUCAUCCUGUGGGCGGCCUGGCUCCGUCGCGAUUACCCCAACUACAUCAAUGUCUCUGGUCUGCUAAUUGAUAUCGUCUCAGUGAUGGUGGCGUUUAUUCCCGAGGGGCUACCUGUUGCAGUGACUCUAUCUCUGGCAAAAAUUGCGAGCACCUUAGGCAGCCACAAGGUUUUGUGCAAGUCUUUAUCCAUCGUAGAGACUCUGGGUUCCGUCAAUGUGCUUUGUUCUGAUAAAACCGGAACAUUGACCCAGAACAAGAUGCACGUUACACAUGUCGCUGUUCUCGAUGAUUUAUUCGACCCUGCUAGUUAUGCUCCUGUCAUCCGGGAUUCACCUUCGGCAACUGCAGCCAACUUGGCGCAAAUAUCUGCUGUCGGGGCGAUUUGCAAUGCAGCCGCCUUUGGAGGAAGUACUUCUUCGCCUUUGGAAAAGGAGCGAGAGAGACCGGUUGUCGGAGACGCGACAGAUGUUGCCAUUCUACGGUUUUCGGACGCCGUGGCAGCAGCGGAUAUCACUCGUGCCAGGUGGACGGAAGUCUUCAAGAUCAACUUCAACUCAAAGACAAAGUUUAUGCUUAAGCUUUCGAAGUUGGCUCCGAGUGCUCCAAAUAAUGUUGCCCCAAUCGCACCUUGGGAUAGCUUCACCUCGGCCGACUAUCUUCUCACCAUCAAGGGCGCUCCGGAAAUUUUGUUACCUCGUUGCAAAUUCGUUCUCGACCCCACGGGUGGAGAGCCUAUUGCGUUGUCGGAGCCAAUUCUCGAACGCAUCACCGCUGUUCAGGAGAAGUGGGCCAGAGAUGGUCAGCGGGUUCUCUUGCUUGCUCGCCGUGCCAUCAAGGGGAAUGCGAUUCCGAAGCACCUCGGCCCUAGUUCGGAGCAAUAUGCAGAUCUGAUUGAGAGGUUCAACUGUAACUUGAUAAUUGUAGGCCUGGUCGGUCUCAUCGAUCCUCUCAAGCCUAGUAUCGUUCACACCGUGAGUACGUGUCGUCGGGCUGGUAUCCGGUUUUUCGUCGUCACGGGUGACCAUCCCAUUACCUCUGUGGCGAUCGCGAAGGAGGCCGGUAUCAUCACCGACGCAAACGUGGUGCACCGUGUCUCAAAUCUGGACGAGAAACUGGAUCCACUCUCGGUCGAGCCAUACAACCCCGACUGCGAGGAUCCAACAAGAAGGAGCAUCGUCAUCACAGGGCCGGAAUUGGAGCGUCUGAAUAAGACUCAGGUCGAACAGCUGUGCCAGUAUCAGGAGAUCGUGUUCGCUCGUACCACGCCGGAGCAGAAGCUGCGCAUUGUGCACGAAUUUAAGGACAGACACAAUGUUGUGGCUAUGACUGGCGAUGGUGUCAAUGAUGCCCCGUCUUUGAAAGCGGCUGAUUGUGGCAUUGCUAUGGGCGCUGGUUCCGACGUUGCGAAGGAAGCUGCCGACAUGAUUUUGCUGGAUGACUUCUCGGCCAUCGUCAUUGCUCUGGAAUAUGGUCGCCUCGUGUUCGACAACUUGAAGAAGACGGUGCUAUAUCUGCUUCCUGCUGGGAGUUUCUCCGAGCUGAUGCCCAUCCUCCUAAACAUCCUCAUCGGCGUGCCCCAGAUGCUGAGCAAUAUUCAGAUGAUCUUGAUCUGUGUUGCCACCGAUGUCCUUCCUGCGUUGAGUCUCUGCAUGGAGAAGCCUGAAAUGGGUCUAUUGGAAAGGAAGCCUCGCAAUGUCAAGACAGAGAGACUCGCCAAUUGGCGGUUGAUGCUCCAGGCUUACGGUUUCCUUGGCAUGCUGGAGUCACUUUGCGCCAUGUCAAUGUCUUUUUGGUACCUGCAGACCCGUGGUGUCCCCUUCUCCAGCCUUGUUCUUGGCUUUGGAAAUUGGCCACUGUUAAACAAUGAAGAGUUGUUCAAGGCGCAAAGUGUCUAUUUCUUUACUCUGGUGCUCAUGCAAUGGGGCAAUCUCUUCGCAACUAGGGGGCGCAGGCUCAGUAUCUUCCAACACACACCUGCGUCAAAUUGGUACCUUUUCCCUGCCGCUGGGAUGGCACUUUGCAUCGGAAUCUUCUUCAGUUAUGUUCCGUGGUUCCAACGAGUCUUCCAGACCCGCGGAAUUCCUGCCCAGUUCUUCUUUAUACCUAUUACGUUCGGCCUGGGUCUUCUGAUACUUGAUGAGAUUCGCAAGUUGGUAGUCCGGACAUAUCCUAGGAGCCUUAUUGCUAGACUUGCAUGGUGA